AUGAAUAAUAUUCAAGUGCGUGCAACGUCUUUACGUAAAGAAGCAACAAGGAGGUGGCUAGUAAAGGAAGAACUAUAUUUUCUACUCUUACAUUAUAAACUAGUGAGCGUACCGGCGGUACUUCAUUCGCUCCAGCUCCAGCCACCAAGUGGUACCUUGCUGUUUUAUAAUACAUUGAGUGUCUUGGAUUAUAAGAAAGAUGGUUGGCACUGGCAGAAGAGAAAAGACAAGAGCGGACGGGUUCGUGAAGAUCGAGCAAAGCUUGUGAUUAAUCGAGAAAUCAUCAUCCUCGGAACUUAUGUGCAUUCUGCUGAGACUUCUACUUUUCAUAGAAGAAUCUAUUCAGUGCGAGAUUCAAACGAGAAUAUCAUCCUUGUUCACUACUUUGAUGAGGUGAACAAGGAAGGAAUGGGACGUCAGUUUUUGUCGGAUAGAAACAAGUUGAGCAAAGGACUGCAACAGUCAUUUCCGCUGUGCCAGCAACCUAACUUGCCUACGUGUACAUCUACGUCAUCGGAAGAAGCAGCUGAGUGCAUCAUGAAAGGCUUUGAGCCUCAAUCAAGAUUACGUCAGACUUCAUCGAUUCAAGCUUCUGACGCGGAGCUGCUGCUACUUAAAUGCAACGGCAUGGAAAAUGUUACAACAGAAUCGGGUAUCUACGACCUACUUAAUAGCUUGAACUGGGCGCCCUCCCCGGAAAAGAGUAUCGAUGGCAUGGGAGGUCAACAAACUUUUGAAUUGACCGAAAUAGUAGACUUCUCACCAGAUUGGGACUUUGAAAAUGGUGGGGCGAAGAUUCUGAUUUGUCUAGCAGCAAAAUUUCCAGCGAGUCUAGUCCACGAUCCAACGAAUGUGUAUGUGCAGUUUGGUACCAAGCGAGUGCGUGCGGAAAAAGUCUCGGACACAGUACUCCGUUGCUCUGCUCCAAGUGCCCAAGACCUUGGCUGUGUUGACUUAUACGUGUGCCAUUGGAAUGAGACUUUUCAACCGCAAACUAUCCAGCUGUCACACAAACGAAAGUUCACGUAUCGAAGUUAUUUACAAGUAUCUCCGUCACGCGUUGGCGAUAUUGCUACAAAAAGACACAUCUCCGACUCAAGUGCUACAGAUCCACAGGAAGGUACAACACCUUAUUCUGUGCAUGUCUUUGGCACGAGCAAGCGAGGCAGAUCAUUAGCUGUUCAAUCUCAUGCUAUUGCUGGCAGCAAACGGUCAGAAGAUAAAGCUUUUGAUUCAAACAGAAAUUUGUCAACAUACGUUGAGUCAGAUUUGGACGAACGGCAGUGCAAGAUUCGAGUUGUAGAACGAUUGUCGGAAUUUAACCAGGCAAUAUGCACAAAGUCAUUGGAGCCUGUAGUUGACGGUGGUAUUUCUAAUGCAUUGAAAAGUACCGGUGGUGAGAGCAACAUACUAGCAAAAGGAAAUGACAGUUUGUUUGUACCGGAUUUGCUAUCAUCGUUGGGCUCAUCAACAACCCAAGAGCAGCAAGUUUUAUCUCUACCAAGUUUGCCCAUUGAGCCUUCGGCCACGCUGGUUUCGUCCAGUGAAACUUUGACUUCGUUGGACGACUGUACAAUUGAAGCACUGAGCGACAAGGAGUUGGAGCAGCUGUCCGAAAAACUACUCGAGCGUGUCGUACGUCAGCUUGUAACAGUUGCAUACACAAGUGAAGAGCUGCUUGAGGAGCUUAACUCGCUAGAUGAGGCUGGUUUAAGCUUACUACACUACGUGAGCUUUUACAAUUAUUCUCAGUUGGUACCUGUACUUGUUGCCCACGGUGCGCAUAUUAACCAGCAAAGUACCCAGGGGCAAACAGCGCUUCACUUGGCAGCAGGGUGUGGCCAUGAUGAAGUGGUCGAUGUACUGCAGCAGUCUGGGGUCGAUUUACAAGUCCGAGACUUUGAUGGUCUUACAGCUGCUGAUCGUGCUGAAAAGUCGGGCCACGCAAAUGUUGCUGCCAAGCUGCGCCGCUACAUGGGAUACGACACAUUUUGCGACUUGGGCGAAGUUGAUGGAACACACGAAUUUGGAGGAUCGCCUAUGGAUAUUGAUGAUGCCCCGACUCCUUACAUGGAUGCUGGAGAUAUGGGUAUUUUGGAAAGCAAUGACCACACGGUACAUGGUGUACGACCAUCUUGUUCUCUCUUAGAUGAUUUUGAGAGUCCUUGUGAAGCAAGUUUGCCGUUGAAAGCGAUCUCUUACGAGGGAGAUAAUCAGGAGCACAAUCGGAAACUUCUUCUUGGGGCCUUUUCUACGAUGAGCUUGCACGACAAAUGUGCGCUAUCAUUAAGUAUCUCACGAGACUCGGCGAUCUACCCUGCCUGGCGCCAUGGAAGCAGUGUUGGAGAAGAUACUAUAGCUUCCUAA